AUGACUGUUGGCGAUGUUGGGGCAAUUUCAGGAGACCAAUUUGCUGAAGCAGGAAAUGACGGAAACCAACAGAAGUGCUGGCAAGGAAAGACAAUGGGAAUUCACAUGAGCAAGAAGACUGCUGAAACUUCAGCUGCAAUAAACAAUCUACAAUACACAACUGAGCUCAACUCAUACGAAGCCGCGUGCCGAGUUGACACAGAUUUGCAGUCCUUCGACACAACCCUCCAAGCUCGAACCAAUCAUGUCAUCAAUUCCCUAGCUGUCGGGGUAGAAGUUCGGGCAUUGUCGUUCGAUUCUCUAAAAGAAGUCACAGAAUGCCUCCUGGAGAUGAACCAGGAGGUAGUUAAAGUGAUUCUGGAGUGCAAGAAAGACAUAUGGAAGAAUCAAGAACUAUUCGAGCUUGUAGAGGAGUACUUCGAGAACAGUUUGCAGACUCUGGAUUUCUGUGCUGCAUUGGAGAAAUGUUUGAAGCGAGCACGUGACAGCCAGUUGAUUAUUCUCAUCGCGCUUCAACAGUUUGAAGAGGAGGAUGGGGUGGAAGGAAGUAGAUAUGUGAGAACUUUGGAGGAGCUGAAGAAUUUCAAGGCUGCUGGUGACCCUUUCACCGAAGAGUUCUUCCAAAAUUUUCAAUCUGUUUAUAGGCAGCAGAUACUAAUGCUUGAGAAAUUGCAACUCAGAAAGACUAAACUUGAUAAGAAGAUCAAGAGCAUUCAUGCGUGGAGAAAGGUGUCAAAUGUAAUUUUUGUAGCUACUUUUGCGGCUGUGCUGAUUUGCUCAGUGGUGGCAGCCGCCAUGGCUGCACCACCUGUUGCAGCAGCUCUUGCUGCUGCAACUUCGAUCCCCUUGGGUUCGAUGGGCAAGUGGAUUGAUUCUCUUCUGAAGAACUAUGAAAAUGCAGUGAGAGGACAGAAGGAAGUCAUUAACUCUAUGCAUGUGGGUACUUAUGUUGCAAUUAAGGACUUGGAGAACAUUCGGGUACUCAUCGACCGAUUGGAAAUUGAGAUUGAAAUGAUUUUACAGAAUGCUGAUUUUGCUAUUAAGGAAGAAGCUGUGCAGAUUGGGAUAGCUGAGAUAAAGAAGAAGCUGGAUGUGCUUAUGAAAAAUGUUGAGGAUUUAGGGAUGCAAGCUGAUAUCUGCAGCCGGGAUAUUCGCAGGGCAAGAACUGUGGUUCUGCAGAGGAUCAUAAAACAUCCCAAUCCUUGAAACAUGCUCCUUCAUACUUUACCAAACAACUGUUCUUAUGCUGCAAACAUCUAUUUUAUUUCUAUAUAUCAUUAUGCCAAUCACACGUUCAAUGUUUAUAAUUUGGGUCCAUGCAAAAAGAUUCAUGUUAUUAUGAAGAAUAAGGGAUAUUGGAUCUCAUUUGUAAUCUGUAGGCAUAGACAUUUC